UUAGUUUCCGGAUAUCUAGAAUCUUCAUUAGCAGCUUCGCAAAAUUUACUCCAACGAAUGGAAUACUAAUUUCCGCAUAACAAUGGCUGCCGUGACACGUGUCCCUUUCCCCAAUCCAAUUUCAAUUGCCACCCAUAAAUGUGUAUACUCCAGUAGUCGCACUCGACUUCCAGAAUUAUCCGCCAUUUCCUCUUUAAAAGCCAAGAAUUUGAGGAGAUUUUCUGUGGUGGCGAUGGCUGAUUUAAACAAAAGCACUGUUCUUGUUACAGGAGCUGGUGGAAGAACUGGCCAAAUUGUUUAUAAGAAACUGAAGGAGAGAUCGGACCAGUAUGCUGGUAGAGGAUUGGUAAGAACUCAGGAGAGCAAGGAAAAGAUUGGCGGUUUAGAUGAUGUUUACAUUGGGGAUAUAAGGACAGCAGAGAGCAUUGCUCCAGCAAUCCAAGGUAUUGAUGCUCUCAUAAUUCUCACAAGUGCGGUGCCAAAGAUGAAACCCGGGUUUGACCCAGCAAAAGGUGGCAGGCCUGAAUUCUAUUUUGAAGAUGGAGCGGACCCUGAACAGGUUGACUGGAUUGGGCAAAAGAAUCAGAUAGAUGCUGCCAAAGCUGCGGGAGUGAAGCACAUUGUAUUGGUUGGAUCAAUGGGAGGAACAGAUCUAAACAAUCCCCUAAAUAGCUUGGGAAAUGGAAACAUAUUGGUAUGGAAGAGAAAGGCGGAACAAUAUUUAGCUGACUCAGGAAUUCCAUACACCAUUAUUAGGGCCGGUGGCUUGCAAGACAAAGAAGGUGGUGUAAGAGAACUGCUUGUUGGAAAAGAUGACGAACUUCUUAAGACUGAAACUAGAACAAUUGCCAGAGCAGAUGUUGCAGAAGUCUGCAUUCAGGCACUAAACUUCGAGGAGGCAAAAUUUAAAGCGUUCGACCUGGCUUCAAAACCUGAGGGAACUGGCACACCGACGAAGGAUUUCAAGGCUCUAUUUUCUCAUAUCACUACUCGUUUUUGAUUAAUUAUUGCUGAAGUUAUUUAUACAGUCAUCUAUUCCUUCUUCCAUGGGAUUAAGUUAACAGUAUUUUUGUGACCAAGAGAAUGCAGCUGAUGUGCUGUAACAAACUUUAAGCUUUUAGCAAUAAUAUCCAAAUUUUGAUUUUGUAAUUAAA